GCCAUCGAGCGGCAUUCAAUCCGUGACCGUCGGACGAUCCGGACGUGUUCGUGCGUGCGUGCGUGUAGCCCGGGGCCAUUGUGCUUUGGCAAAAUUCCGAACCUAAUAAGAUUCAAGCCGAAAAAUCACUCGGAGCCAAAAACGGUGCUAAUUGUGCACACUGCCACCGGGACCUACAACGGCGGUGGAGAUUAUUUCGUGCGCGAACCAAUCUCGGACCAUCUUCCCGCCCUUCCCGUUCCUUCCUUCCCAUUCCCUUCCGUUCCCUUCCCUUUCCUUCCCUAGUGAUUGUGUAGCGGUUUGUGUAAAUAAUCAAAAUUUACUACGUGUUCGGACCGCGGAGACCAGUGUUACAUUUCAAAAAUCUCUUUGUAAAUAGAACAUAACACAAACUGUAGCAUAGAGCAUUGGAGCUUCAAUUUGUUUAUCAAAAGCCAACUAAAACAGGGUAAAACAGUGAAGUAAGUGCUACAUUGGGAAGACUUAAAUCAGGCACGGUCUAAAGCUGUCCAGCUAUUUGGUGCAAAAUUUGGUGCCCGACAGAUUGAUUGAUUUUCUUUUUGCAACCGAAUCGAUUUUCGGUCGAACCUCGGCUGUCCAUGUAAUGUUGUGUCCGUAGUGAAAAUGUGUACGCAUGUGAGUGAAUUGGUGUGCUUCAGAAUCAGAAAAUAAGGUGUCAAGUAAAUCCUGGUUGCGAAAGGCCGGCGUAUGCCACAACCGACCGGUGCUGGUCUGGGCCGAUAGGCUCGAAUUCGGCUUCGGAACGGCAGCAAUAGAGGAUCUGAGUGUCGUUGAGAACGGUUGGCUUCGAUUACCUCGGGCCGAGUGUGUCUAGAGUGUGGUGCAACAACGACAACAUCUUCAAGAAAACAGAACAUUUCCCGUAAGUGGACCUAAGUUUCGGACAUUCUACUUCCAACAUGACGUCCCCACUACCGCUGCUGCGUUCCUUUUCAACCGAGAACCAGAACCGUGACUGGAGCAAACGGUUUUCCCUACGCAUCAAGCAGAAAAGCAGCAACGAUGGCAAACUGGACUUUGCAUCGUUGCGCAAGAACAAAUUUGCACGCCGCUGCUCAUCGCUUCGCCAGCAGCCCACCGAACAGACCACAUCGAGCGUUACGCUCGAACUGGAGUCCGCCUCACCGGCACAUUCCAUGACCAUCCACGAAAACAGCUCACCGAAGAAACCGAAGUGGGAGGUCAUCGAACACUUCAAAUCGAACGUCCGGGGACAGGAGUCGAUAAGCAGCAGUCUCAUCGCGGCCGGUGUAACAGCGUUUAACCUGGACGAUACCACCUCCAACUACUCCGGUACGCCAUCAAUACGGAAGAAAAGCUUCCAGAUCUACAGCGGCGCAGCCCAGGAAGAGCUGGAACCGCUGAACAACCUGAACAUCAACAACACAACCGAGGGUGUGUUCGAUACAUCCCGCUGCUGGAACACGGUCAAAUGUUUGUUCAACGGUGUCAUCUGUUCGCACAAAUUUAAAAAUGUCCAGGUGGAAAUGCUAUACCAGCGGUACUUUCUUCGCAUGAAUCAAAGCAAUGCGGUACACAUCGUGUGGCUUCUGUUAGGAUUAAUAUUUAUCUUAGCGCUAAUACAUCUAGUGUUUACGUUCAUCCUGCAACAGUCGCUGGAAAGCUGCUACGAGUCUACACCGCUGGACGGUGUACACGUCGGUCAAGAUCCCCUCAACGGUACCACGUUGGCGGCGAUUGCAUUCGGAAACGGUACCUACGAAGAUCCGCUCGAAAGAAACAGAUCCGAGGAGGUGCUGCCACCGGAUCGGACCGACGAAAGCGAACGGAGCGAAACGGUCCAACCGAACGAACGAGAACGCAACGACCCACCGGUGGCGGAAGGUGUGAGCGGGUUCCAUGGCAACGAAAAGGACGAUCCGGGUGGUACGGAUGCGAGAAGCUUCAACGAAUUGGUUGACGAAUGGACCGGCAGGGAUGAACCGGUGCGAAGGCGACGAAGACGUUCGGAUGCUGAAACUGGUGAGACUGUCGUCGUGGUACCUGUUGCUGUUGGUACCGUAAGGGCAAGACGCUGGACUCGGGGACAUGCAAAUCAUAGAAAUAAUGUGGAGUCCAGCAAGCACGAUGACAGCUUUGUCGCAGAAAGUGCAGCUGACAGCACGCUGCACAAUAGGGACAAAGACGACAAGGAUAAAGGGCGGAAGUAUACCACCACCGAGACUGCACGCGAGCCGGACACCGGAAGCGGAUCGUACGGCUCGCUGGGCACUAGUACGUUCACGACGCCUCAGGUGAUGCCGGCCAACGUCAGCAGCGAUUACUCGGAGGAUGGCGAAAUUCCGCUGUGCAAUCGCGACUACUUUACGCUGCUGAAGGACAACAUGACCCAGAUCAUUGUGCUGGGCGUGUGUGCCACCGUGUACGCGCUGCUGCUGAUGUGUCUGUACAAGCAGCGCAUCAACGAGAUCUACCUGUUCCAGGUGUCGUACGUCAUUAUGGUGACGCUGCUCGUGCUGGACGUGUGCUUCAGCUUUACCACCUCGGCCAAAAAAUUCACCUCGUCCGGCGGUUGUACAGUGAUUGCCAUCUACAUCAUCUACACGAUGCUACCGAUACGACUACGCGAGGCCGUUGUUGGUGGAAGCCUGCUGUCCAUCUCACACAUCGUGCUGAUGUUCUACAUGAACGAGUCGGACGAUAUGGAUGUGUUAUACUGUGAUCUGAUCACACUGGCCUGCACCAAUGCGACCGGCAUCCUGCUUCACUGGCCAAAAGAAAAAUCCCAGCGCAAAGCUUUCAUGGAAACGCGCCAGUGUGUCGAGGCACGGCUCAAGAUCCAGCGCGAGAAUCAGAAGCAAGAACAGCUGCUACUGUCCGUGCUUCCCCGGCACGUCGCAAUGGAGAUGAAGAACGACAUCGCGGGACAACCGCGGGAAGCUCAGUUCCACAAAAUCUACAUCCAGCGGCACGAGAACGUUAGCAUCCUGUUUGCGGACAUCUGUGGUUUCACCAGCCUAAGCGAUCAGUGUACGGCGGAAGAGUUGGUACGGCUGUUGAACGAAUUGUUUGCUCGGUUCGAUCGACUGGCACAGGAGCAUCACUGUUUGCGCAUUAAGCUGCUCGGCGAUUGUUACUACUGCGUGUCGGGAUUGCCCGAAGCUCGUCCAGAUCAUGCACUGUGUGCUGUUGAGAUGGGACUGGACAUGAUCGACGCGAUCGCCCUCGUGCGUGAAGUUAUGGCAGUAAAUGUGAACAUGCGUGUUGGAAUCCACACGGGCCGAGUGCAUUGCGGUGUUCUGGGACUCCGCAAGUGGCAGUUUGAUGUGUGGUCUAACGAUGUAACGCUGGCAAACUACAUGGAGAGUGGUGGCGUACCCGGACGGGUACACAUCACGAAGGAGACGCUCCGCUGUCUUGGCGAUCAUUACGAUGUGGAGGAAGGUCGUGGAGCGGAUCGGAACAGCUAUCUGAAGGAUCAUCAGAUCCAGACGUAUCUGAUCGUGCCGAAGGAUGCAUCGUAUCGACCGCACACAAUGUCGAAACAGUCGUCGUCUGUGAAUGGCAACAUUUCGAAGGAGCUGCGCAUGAUGGGCCACUGGUCGAAGAUGGGCUUUAAUGACAAAACGGAACCGAAAAGCACCGAGGAAGAGGUGAACGAGUAUCUGAUCAAAGCGAUCGAUGCGCGCAGCAUAGAUCGGUUGCGGCUCGAUCACUGCAAGCGGUUCCACCUGACGUUCAUUAAGGAUGAUAUCGAGCGAAAGUACUGCCUGGAGCCGGAUCCGAUGUUGAACGUUUAUUUCUACUGCAGCAUCAUCAUCUUCCUGGGCAUCAUGUCCAUACAGGUGUUAGUCUUUCCAAUCGAUCAUUACAGCUAUUGGGUGUAUGGAGUUCUAUCCCUUACCCUCUUAGUAUCCUGCGUUCCGGUGUUUACACGGGAAGACAUGAAGGUGUCUACAUUCUUUCGUGCAUUGUCACAAAAAAUUCACGGCCACCGUGAAAUAGCUCAAGUGAUAUCGCUCUGCGUCGUCAUUACUGUGAUAUGUUUAUCUUACUACAAACUGACUUUAAUUUUCUAUCUUUCGCUUUACGACGAGUAUCCGCUCGUUCGGCCUAGUAGUUGUAAGGAGUCAAAAAUUAUUAAUAUUCUGCUAUUGCUUACCUUGCUUGCCUUACUGACCUGUGCGGUACAUCAGUUUAUUAAAAUUCUAUUCAAAAUUUUGCUGCUUAUUGUCAUACUCGUGCUGUACGUUGCGUCCAUCGUCGUGCUGGCACUCAUCUUCGAACGUCACUGUGAACCCUGGUUUCUAACGACGGAAAGAUUUCUGAUAGACGUAGCGUUCCUGGUCGUGUUCGUGACCGGUCAGAUCAUGCACAGCCAGCAAACGGAAAUCACGCGCCGGCUCGACUUUAUCUGGAAGCUGCAGGCGACGGAAGAGAAGGAAGACAUGGAACAUCUGCAGGCGUACAACCGCAAACUGCUAGCCAACAUCCUACCGGUCCAUGUGGCGGAUCACUUUCUGAUGCGUGAGAAGAAUAUCGAGGAAAUCUAUCAUGAACAAUGCGACACGGUGUGCGUAAUGUUCGCCUCGAUACCAAACUUUUCCGAGUUCUACAUCGAGCUGGAAGGCAACAACGAAGGCGUCGAGUGUUUGCGGCUGCUGAACGAAAUCAUUGUCGACUUUGACGAGCUGCUCGGGCUGGAACAGUUCCGUUACGUGGAGAAGAUCAAAACGACCGGCUCGACGUACAUGGCGGCAUCCGGGCUGACCGCAAACAGCUGUGACAAGAACGAUUUCCAGCACGUGAUCGCCAUGAUGGACUAUGCGCUAGAACUGUUCCAGAAGAUUACGGACGUCAACGAACAUUCCUUCAACAACUUCCGGAUGCGUAUCGGUAUCAACAUCGGACCGGUAGUGGCGGGUGUAAUUGGCACCCGGAAGCCACAGUACGACAUCUGGGGCAAUGCGGUUAAUGUCGCAUCGCGCAUGGACUCAACGGGGCUGAUGGACCACAUACAGGUCACGGAAGAUGUGUACCAGAUCGUGAAGGACAAGGGCUACAAUCUAACCUGCCGUGGAACGGUCAACGUGAAGGGUAAGGGUACGAUGAUCACCUACCUGAUGCCGGGGUUGGCAAAGGAGCAAAGCAACUAAGGUGUCGUAGCGUGCCUCGCCGGCACAGUACCAAAAACGGAAGUUAUUUGAGUGUUAUGCAAAGUUUCAGUACUUCUACAUCCCUUGAGCACAUUGGCACAAUGUUGUUGAAGCAUUUGAACAGAACAUAUCAACGCUAUUCUGUUGGAAAGAUAGAGCAAUGGUUUGCUUGUAUGUUAGUCAAUGUUCCUAGAUCCCAGUAAGGACAUACCUUAGGUUUGGCCACUGCACUGAUCAUGAACUUUCACGGACUUAAAUUUACGCGAUUUAUCGUUUGAGGCAAACUGGCAUCCAGUCCAAAGGCUUAUGCUUCUGCCUGUGCAGCAAGUAACACAAUCGAAUCGUUACCAUCAGUAUUACGCAGCUAGUGUUCGUUCACGUGCUGCAAAGAAAGACAUACGAACAAUCAAACGUUUUAUGGCCCGAAAAGCUUUAGUUCCAUUCCACUUUCAUCACACGCACAGAAAAGUCACGCAACAAGGUAGAGCAUAGUUUUGUGUGAGUGUGUGAGUAGAUUUGACCGGAUGAAUGUGCAUCGAAUGUGUAGCCGGAACGGACAUCUCUUAGAGUAGUCAAUUAAGCCUGUCUUGACCAAACGCAAAAGCGGAAAGCUCUAGCAAAAGCCGACACAAAAAAAGCGAUCAGAAAAACGAAACGUAUAGUUACAAUAGCUAGGCGCCAGAGGUGCGUGCAUAGGCCAGGAUGGAAAGGAAAGAUGGAUAUAUUUUUGGAAGACAUGUUAUCCACGUACGCACCCGUGAAUUAGUUGAACCGUUGUUCCGAAUUGUAUUUUCCCCUCCGCAAAACAAGACCAACCCGAAUGGAACCGAUCUCUUGAAUUGAUUUUUCACAUAGACAAAAUAAUCCUGUACGUGUGUUUGUAUGUAUGUAUGUAUGUACGUGUGUGUGUGCACAUUUUCAUCGACCAAGGAAGGCCAAAACCAACCAAAUUGCCACUAAUCAUAGAGGAUCGCUUUACACCGCCUAAACUGUUGGUAAAGCGCGAUGAGUCCUCGCUCCCAGUGCGGGACACACGCUCAAGGGCUGACGUGCAGAAGAAGUUCGACAUACUCACCGAGACAGUGACGGCAUAGUGAGAUCAUUAUCAAUAUUAAUAUACAUAUAACGCUAGCGGAAAAGGGAGAACGAUGUUGGAAGGGGGGGAGGGCAUAAACGACAAACUCUAUAUACAAAAACGAAACGAAUAGAAUUGUAUUGAUAUUUAAGGGCAAACCAAAGAUGAUGUUAAACAAUAUCUGGAUGGAAUUUAAUUCGAUGAUAGAUAAGCAAACCACUCAUCCCACAGACACACCGAGAUAACCGCGCGAUCGGUUGACGCAAAAACGAAAUACAACAGCUACACGUUACAAAUGUACAUGGACAAUGGUAA